AAGUUCCGAUACUCAAACAUUCGUAUCAGCAACGGACAAGUUUGAUGCUGCGGUGCUGUGAAAAAGUGGGCAAAUUCGCCUAUAAAAUCGCUCGCAAUCGUCCAAAUCGUGCUGUGAAUAGUUAAACACACUCGAAACACAUCCCGGUUUGUGUUGUGAUCGUCCUGUUAGCAGCAGUUGUGUCUGUAUGUUUGUCUGCUCAUCUUGUGUAGCCUUGUGUGUAGAACAACCCCGGGAACAGCUGGGUGGUGGCAACUGUUAAAGUGUCCCUUAUAUGUGCAUUGCUUCCUAAACAUCUAUUGUGCAAACAAACCCAGCGUUGUACAAGCAGUUCUUCAUGGCAGGAUAUCUCCGGCAGAAGCUAAAAAGAUCCACAAGCAGCAAGUACUCGUGCGAAUUGCAAGAGAACAGCAAACACAUUCCCGGUGCCUCCGCCGCCGAGCAGGCCGACAUCUCCGAUUCUAUCGCGGAUCGUGCACGCUUCCUAAAGAACCCGGCCAUACUAGACACGCUUGACUCCGUUCAUCGGUCAUUGCUGUUCAACAAUCUCAAAUUUGAUACCGAUGUACACACUGGUCUAGACGGUUCUACCUUACCGGAUAAUCAAACGAGACGCAAGGAAGAACUACUCGAGUCAGCACCAUCAGCAGUAAUCGCUCGAGAGCCGUCUCCAAAACAGACCCUCGACAAGGUAAAUAUUGCGGAAGCGUCAUCAGCAGAUGUCAGAUCGUCGGGAAAGGAAGUGGUAUCGCAAGCCGAGAAGCUACAACUCCCGGACUGUGGCAUAACGGCUCCGGCCAGCGACGAUCAUGCCACCUCACUAGACGAUGAGCUGGAAGCACUGUUCGGAAGAGACUGGAACAAUAAUCUUAACGGAAAAGGUGUUGAACGUGCUAGCCGAGUCAAAAUGAUGGUGCAACAGUACGAACAGAAUAAAGCCGACGAGCCACAUCUCGUCAGGCGGGCAUCACCUCACACGAUCAGCACCACAGCGGAGUUGUUGCGUCCCACCAGUGGACCUUCGAUGGAUGAUAUGGAGACGAGCGAUUUUGAAAGUGCUAGUGUAACGAGCGGUAGCAGCGUAUGUGGUGGUGGUGGCGGUAGACGCAGUGUGCGCACCAGUUCCGCGUUCAGCGAAGGUAGCCGAGAUGUGGCCAGUAUUGAUCGGUUUGAUCUGGCAGUGCCGAGUCAGCAGCAACAGCAGCAGCAGCAGGAAGAUUUAGCAGCGGGCCAUAAUACGAUGAUUACCAUUAACAUUAACUACCGAUGUGAUACUAACCCUCUAAGGACAAGCAAAGCUACUACUACGUGUGCGCAGGAAGCUGACGCAAAGAAAGCUGUAGAUAUUGUGGUUUCAGCACCACCGCAGGCGGUGGCUAACGAAGGCCGGAAGCCGUACAGAAGUGAUAGAGCAAUUCGCCAGCAGCCUGCAGAACGAUACGUUCACGGUGUUGGCGCAGACGUUGUGGAGAAAGAAUUGAUGGAUCUGGAACGGCAAGAACCAGCAUUGACAGAUGAGUUGACUUCGGAUGUGUCCGAAGGGAAGGACAGUGACGAAGUGCUGCUAGAUGAUGUGGGUUGUGAAAGAAAGGCGGAUUGUGCCGGCAAGGAACAGCGUGGCUCGCUGACAAACAAUCGGUCUUGCCGUUCGCCCGAUGACGAAGAAUAUCACGACUGUGACGAUCUUCACGAGUCGACGCUUUCUUUCUACGAGCAAGCUUGCUCCCAACCAGUAACGCCGCAGGAUCAGAAGAAACGUUCUUCAGGUGUGCACGAGCGAAGUGGAUCACGUGCUGAGUGUAGUGAUGAGUUGGACGGGGAAACCCCGAUGAUCAAAAUCGUGCAAGAAUUAUCCGAGGACCAUGCAGAUGUCACUUCAACGAUAACGCUCAGCAAAGCUCAAAUACGGGAGAUGCAAAAGGCGAACGGUGCCCGUCGAAGUGCGGAUGCUGUCGAAGAAUUGAAAAGACAUUCUCCGCCUGACGAAAAGAGCGUUCAUGAAAAGAGACGGAAAUCUCACAGCAAUAGUACCGCCAAAAAGCGUCACGACAAAUCGAACCUCCAGCGUCAGCAACGUAUAAUGGAUGACAAUUUCUGUAACGAAAUUCUCGAUUCGACCAUUCACUUCGAUCGGCUGUAUGGGAACAAUCCUCCGCGGCGGCUCGCGAUGGAAAAGCAGGACGUUGUGUCUUCGCCAUCGCCGACGCGUGCAGCAAACGAAGAAUGUUUUAGUGAUUCGGUAGUGUGUGAAAUUGCAUCUCACCCGGGCGAUGAAUCGUUCGAUUCGGUAAUGUCGGUGGGCAAACUGGAAGGAAAACCACGCUAUUCAGGCAAAACGGUCGGACGAUUAAUGAUGAGGCGUUUGAAAAAGCUGCAAGGAGUCGGUGCACCGCGCCCGUUAGAUACGUCGGAUGCAUCAACCAGCUCCUCUACCCAGCACAUGAGUGGUCCUAAGAAGCCUCCACGAACGUUUGCCAACUCUCCCAAGCGAUCGUCCGCGCUUCCGGUUCCUUCCUGCCCAACAGCGAAAGACGUGGAAGGCAGUGAUGCUUUUGAGCGUGAAAUCGGUUGGAAGCUGGACUCAAAACCCCGAUCUCAUCAGGUCGGUUGGACGGUACCGGCAAACAAUGGGAAAAAUGAGUCAAUUCCAGUCCAAAUAUACAGCAUGCUACACUACUCGGAAGACGAGGGGCGCAAGAAGUUAAUCAAGACGGGAAACUCUAAGCCGGCACCUCAGCAAUCAUCCGCUUCAAAAGCGAAAAACAAAUACUGGCCGGAUGGAGUGCCGCUUGGCCCAAGGCUUGCAAUAGAUACGGUCGAUGGAACUAAAACUCCUUCCCGUCGUCAUUCGACAUCGACCGAUUUUGAACGAUUCGUACGGGAAUCGAAUGUGAAGAGUACGCCCCAUCGUAAGGGUGACACUGUAGGCAGUCGUAGCGAAACCCGACGCCGGAUCGAGCUAUUGCUGAGCGAAGAACGCCAACAAGCUGCGGAAGCGCAACGAAAGCUUCCGGCAGUUGAUAGACGUCGGCGCACGACGGGUGGGAUAUUUGAGAGGCGUCGACAGCAGCAGGAAAAUUUUUUAGACGAUGCCAGGCGCACCAACCAUGAGCCGCGAAAACGAAAGGUAUCGAAAGGUCGUACGGGUUCGGCCGUUGUCCCGAGAAAAGCUUGCUGUCCCGCGGCGGCAACAGCUGCGGCAGCUUCUAAUGGUGGUUCGUCGUUAUCUCGCACCACCGGAGGAAGUGCGGGUGGCGGAGGAAAGGUGGAUAAACGACGACCGUUUCGCAAGGCAGCUUUGUUGAAACGUACGCGCACCUUGUUUGAAGCGUCCAAGAAGAAAAUCUGGGCUAUGAAGAGGUUUGAAACUCCGAAGAAGCACAACGUUGUAAGUAGCACUUCACCCCUAUCUGAUCCUUCCGAUCGCGAUCCUAACAUCAAUCGCAAUAGCUCCGCGAAGAAGAAGUACAACUUGCAUCACAAGCAUUUAGGCUACACCCCGGUACACUUGAGGUGUAAAUCGUGUGGGUCCGGACGCGUCGACGAUGAUCGUGAAGUAGAGGCAUCAGUUGUGCCCGUCAAUUACCGUUCGACUCGUCAGCAUCCUUCUGCACGCGUUACAGGUUCCAACUCUUCGGACGAGGAGAAUAAAGAAAAUCAAUGCGAGCAUGAUGGCAGACAACGUAAAAGUGGUGGCGAAGAAAUGAAUCGAAAGUCAGCCCGUAGCCUCAAUUUUGCUACGGCCCCACCAGGACAACGUUUGAAUCCUUCUCCGGUGGAGCAUUCGGAUCACGAGAUGCCUUCUCCACGCAAAACCGGGAAACCGCUGACCGAGACUAAGUUCCUAAAGACGCUGCGUAAUUUAAAAAUAUCUCCCAAAAGGAUAUUUCGCUUUGCGACCCAUUCGUCGGUAUCGCUGGACCGGUGCUCCACCGACGGCGAAAGCCAUGUACAGGGAGAAUUCCAAUCGUACGAUGAUCUGAAUCUGGACGAUGUGGCUAAUAUGGGUGAUUUUCUCAGUAACAUUCGGCGCCGUAUAGUGGAGGAUGAGCCGGACCGGCCGGCCAUUGGACGACAGUCUACGCUAUCCCGGGCCAAAGUUCCGGUCGAUGUGCACGGUGAGCAGGGGGAAGAACCGAUAUAUCAGGAAAUCUCACCGAAAGGUAACAAAAUGGUUCUUAACGAGUUUAUCAGCAGUGAUACAAACAAGCGAUACUUAAUGGUAAACAACAAUCCCAACAUCCUGUACGCGAUGGUGGAAAGCAAAACGGCACGACGCUCGGCGGGAAGGUUGGUGCGAGCGCGUUCGCUUACGAAUGUAGAUCCCACCGUCACCUCAACUCCGGUUAGUAAGCCUCAAAACAAUACGAGCAAAAGUCAGGUGAAACCGAGCAAUCGGCGUGUCACCAUGUCGCCAAGUUUGGAGGGACGUACUGUCGAUUUUGCUGACGUAGACGACCGGGAGAAUUCCCUGUACAACACAGCACUGGCGGAUAAUACCAAUGCUCCCCUGGGCGGGAGUAGCGGCAUUGAUAAAGGAGCAAGUGGCAGCGGUAGAACUGACAGAUCGUUUAACGCAGCCGAAUGUACUGCUGGCAGCUCCAUCCGUCGGUCCCUGUUCAGCCGGCAAACACACACAGAUCUCGAUCGUACUCUACCUCAACACCACCACCGGCAUUCAUCUGAUGAGAGUGAUAUUUCGAUUUUACAGGAAGAAGAAAGUAGGGACGACGAAAGCUCGCUGGAAUCGUUGCCGGACAAGAAGCCGAUCGUACAUGAACCGCUGAUUGUGCGGGAACGCGUCGAAGAUCGGCUGACGUUCCGCAAGGAAGCGGAACGUUUUCAGAAGAACUCUUCUGCCUCCACAUCAUACCGGGGUAGACGGGAAGAUCUCUUUGCCUUCGAAAAGGAUAUCAUCGUUGACGGAGCGAUGGGUGGAAAGAACGUAAAGGCGGGCGUAGAAAGUGGUGCGGGAUUGGGACAAAAUUUGAUCGUGUUGAAGGCACACAAAUCAGUGCAAGUAAAAGUUGGCGGGAAUGGUGCUUCUGCUCCGCUCGGAUGUUUCGAUACGGAUAGUGAGAUCGAUUCUUUGCGACGGUACGACGAUGGAGAGAUUCAAGAGCUAGUCCACUCGCUGCACGACAACGUAACACUCUCCGACAUGGGAACGCUCGAAACGGAAACUACCGCCUCUUCUUCAAUGGGUAACAAUCUCGAUACGAUCGGGUACGAUACGGUCGAUUUAGCUCCACCCGUUGCGCGAGCGUUUCAUCAACCGCCGAUCAAAAAUUUAACCAUCGACACGGUAGACGUUUCGGAGCUGAUAAGCCACGCUCCGGAUGAAAGUCGAUCGACGGCCAACAUUUCCCCGGUAACCAGCUCUCCGUCCAGCGCUAAACUGUCCACCUCCGGCACUGCCGUGAUGCGCAAUCUGAAGGACAAAUUGCGGUCGUCUUUUCGGAAAAGCAAAACGUUUAUCAAAAAUGAAAAACAACGUCUCGCCAACUAUCUGCUGGAGGACAAAUCGGAUAGUAAAUCCUCGUCAGUGACAUCCUCCGCGACUAGCUCACCACGUAAGCAUGCCACACCGCAGUCAAACACCAGUGGCCUGCACAAGCAGAGCGGUCGUACACCGGACCGGUAUCGGAAGCAGGAGAGUGAUCCGGAAACGGACGAGCUGUAUCAAUCGUUUACGCAGGGCAGCGGCAGCAUCCUGACGGGCAGCUCGAUGACAGAGCUUAGCACACAGCACAUGAAUGAUCUGAUGCAGCAGAUAAUAAGGCAGGGCGAUGCAAGGAAGCAGCUCAAGCAAGCGCUAGCUAUCUGUCGCAGUACGCGCGAGUUCGAAUGCUCACCGGAACUGAUCGAGGCGGAACGGUUGCUGUUGGUUGCCACCCAGAAGGAGACGGCGGUGCGCAACGAGCUCAAUAAGAUCGAUUACCAGACCAACGGAAUGACGCUGGCGGAUGGAAAGCGGGUCGGAACGGUCACGCUCAGUGGCUUUGAGUUUCCGCUGAAGGAAACGGCGGUACGGGAUGCACUGUUUAACUAUUUCUACGUUGUGGUGUGUACGUACAAGCACGAGGUGAAAGCGACGGUGGCGAAAGAGCGCCACGCUGAUGGUCGGGUGUACUUCCGUAACUGUGCUAUACAGUUUAAGAAUCUGGACGCCAAUUACGAGAUAAAGGUGGAGGUAUUUGUGCUGCAGCUGCGGAAGAACGUAAAGAACUACAGCUUCGAAAGCCGAUAUCAUCUAGACAAGGACUCAAAACGACCACUGAGCUGUCCUUCGCCAACGAAAAAGCUACGCGAAGCCAGUCGGCUGUUGUCUUUUCGCUCCAGCUCUCCGAAAUCGUUCGACUUUGACAAUGAAUUUUCACGCUUCAAAUCGCAAGGCUUCCUAACGCUUACAUCCUUCACGCUGCUGACGGCGCCCGGUUCCGAAGGAGAAGAAGUGUCCGCAGAGGAAAGCCGACCGUGCGAUGCCACGUACGCAACCGCACGCUCGAACCAAACCGCCCAGCUGUCCACCAUGCUUGAGACCGGAGAUGAGGCGUUACUGGUUGCGGGUAACUCUUACUACUCGGCAACGGGACACUUUCAGCCCGUCGUAUGCCGGCAGGACGAUCAGAGUGUGGUGUUUGUGGUGGAAGAUUUCAAAUAUCUGACGCUCGAUUCGAUGGCGUACACCUCCAACAUGGUCGGCACGAUCGGUAUGAACGUGCGCAGUGAGGUACGGUUCGAUGGGUCGGAAAUGAGUGGAUUUUUGGACGUCGGUGAGAAGGCGGACGGUACGGAAGGUAUCGCUUGGAGCCGUCGGUGGUGCCAGAUGAAUGGAUUUAUGCUCGAGUUUUGGAACUAUCCCCAGGAGUGCCAGGAAAAGCAACCGAUUCUGUACAUCGAUCUGGUAAAAUGUAUUAACGAGCGUAUCGAGCUUGCCGAUCGUACGAUCUGCUCCCGGCCACGCACGAUGCGCGUCGAGAUAUUCUCGUCCCGCGUGGCAGCAGCUGCCGGCGCUAGCUGCAAUAGCAGCGGCAUUGGCAGCUUCCGGAGCAGCGGACGAACGACAAGCCCCAGCUCGAACGAGCACGAGCACACGCGACCGAUGUCUCCGGACGAUCGCGACCGGAACCAGCACAACGUAACGUGCUACCUGUUGGCGGCGGAUACACAGAGCGAUCUGAAGGGUUGGCUGAACGAACUAAAUCGCGUAGUAAAAUUUUUAAAGGAAUGGAAAAUUUAACCCUGUACCUCGUGCCACCAUUUCCACACAGCUAUUAUCCGCCCACCUGUACGGUACGUGUGCCCUUUCUAUUGCCUGUUUUUUUGUACGCCACCAUUAUUUAAGAUACAUUGUCGAUUAUUACUCUGUAGUUGGGCAUUUUGUAACGAAAUAUAAUUUAGCUACUAAGGCAGCUGUUAAUAAGUUUGUACCGCGACGACGACACGUGCAGCUAGUUCGAAUUGUAUUGAAAAACCGCUCUCUGAUAAAAAAGAAAUGGAAUUAGUUAGUAUAAGCAAAUGUUCACACGAAAAGAAGAAAACAAAACCUUACGAAAAGAAGUGCCUUUUUAUCACUUGCUCAACAGCCUAAGAAAGAUUUCAUUAGCAGCUAAUAAUUAAACGCUUGGGACCGUGCAUAUGCAACAAGACUGCUCACCCGGGGUCACAAGUCAAAAUGAGCGUGGAGGGGGAGCAGAGGGUUGAGGAGGGCGCUUUACGCUGGUUCCCCGGUUAAAUGGGGUGUGAUUAGGGUUAGUUAGCUUUCUAGUUGUUUGCUGUUUUUAAGUUUGGACAGUUUAUCUCGCUGCUGACACAUCAUUUAGAGCCAGCGAACAUUCCAUCUUCGUUAAGUUUUCGAUUCUCAACUGUUAGGGGUUUGUUUUCGUUGGUUUUUGUAUUAGAAUCAUUUGCAAGUACAUUUAUACAAAACGGUUGAGAGUCGCCCAUGUGACACGCUCUUAAAUUGAAUAUGCACUACCUUUAAGAGAUCUCAUGUACAUAGAUAUUUGAAUUGACUAAAGACUGGGCGAAAAAAACACGUUAAAAGAUAUGUUCGCUAAAACGUAUAGAUCAAAGUGGUAGGAUCUUUGCAACGAUUGUUAUUUAAUGUACGUAGAUCAGAUGAAAUGAUUCGAAUAUUAUCCAAUUCUUAUGCAAGUUUCUUCUUUUGGCGAAGGGGGGUAUUCAGCAUACAGAGACUGGAAUAAAUUAAACCAUUUGAGAGACAUGCAAAAGUUAGUUACAGCAUGGAACAUAAACAAAA